AGUAUGAAAACGGUUGCCUGUUUCAUUGUUUACGACCUGCAGCGCGUUCAUUUAAACUCGCUCUAUCAUCACUGACCACUCGCAAGUUGUAACGAUUUUGUUUUGGUGACUGAUAUUCGGUGGAAAUCGACAAGGAAAAGGGAGGGGAGAUGGAUUUAACAGAGUUGAGGCAGGCCAUUCUAUCCAACAAUUUCCAUCAAAUUGCAGAUAUCUGCGACGACCUUGAGCUCCAGUUGGCUGCGCAAGGCAUAAAAGAUCCAGAAGGCUGGCCAUAUUCCAUACAUUUGCUGGGGCAUAUCUAUAUACAAGAUAUGAACAAUGCAAGAUUCCUCUGGAGGCGCAUGUCAUCUUCUGUGAAAGAAAGCCAGCCCGAAGUUAUUGCAAUAUGGAAGAUAGGUCAGUGCAUGUGGACACAUGAUUAUGCUGGUGUUCAUGGAGCUCUUUGUGGCUUCAAUUGGAGCCUGGAAGUGCAACAGAUUAUUACUGCAUUAUCUGAAAAUUACAGAAAGAAGGUCUUUGAGCUACUUGUGGCAGCAUACUCCACUAUAAGUGUGGCUGACACAGCACAGUUCUUGGGAACGACAGAGACAGAUGCAAUAACAUAUACAUUACAACGAGGUUGGACUCUGGAUAAUGAAUUGCAGAUGCUUACUGUAAAAGGAAAUCCAGUAGUUGUGGACCAGAAACUAGAUUCUAGCAGACUGCAAAAUCUAACAGAAUAUGUUUUUCACUUGGAACAUUGAUAUUCUAUCAGUGGCCAUAUCUCUAUUGCAAUUCACCCAUGACAGAAGAGGUUGAAAUAGGAAUUCCAAAAAAUCAAAUUAAUGUGUUUUGCAAAAUUGUUAAAUGGGUGUUUCUUUGGGUCAGAUGAAUUUUGUAAUUACAAUAUGGUUCUGGUUUUAAGAUUCUCCAACGUAAAGAGUGGUCACAUGCGUUUAAAUUAGCUCUCAGAUGCUCGUUAUAGGACAUACCUUGGUUCUUUGUGCAUUCACAGAAUUUUCCUUUAUUAUAAAGAAUCUCAUUAUUUGUGUCGUUA